AGAUGCAAAAUGUCAGAACUCACUGGGUACACAGAAAAGAUGAGGGAAAGUAGAACACCCAAAUACUGUUCCCUUGAAUGAAAGGAGUAAAAGAAGAGCAGCCCUGAGUAAGCAUGACCACCAUGAGGAUGAGAACAGAGACAGGACAGCAGAGAACUCUGCAUUGUUCAGAGAACCCCGGGAAGCUUUGUCCCCUCCCCCACAGCAUUGCCAGAAUAUUGGGCCCAAAAGAAGGAGCAGGUUACCAGAUGUUGUGUCCACUGCCUGGGGUGGAGGAAGAUGAUCUGACUUAGAGAACUGGCUGAGUCACUGCUCUACAGGGCUCACCUCCAUGAACAACAAAGGAACGUAAGCAACACGGAAGGAGGCCCAGGAGAGAAGGAAGAACAGAGACAGCCUGAAGGCUGCAGGAUUCUAGAUGGGCAGCACCCCAUGAGGGACAAGCACAGACAUGGAUUGCUAAGUCAGUGAGAAACCUGCCUAUUAGGAAGGGCUGCCGCUGAUGGACAUAGAUCCUACACUAUCACCUGUUUCUUUGGGCCAUGUCAGUGGCAGCAUCAGUGAGAGGGAUUGCCUCCAUUCUGUCUUCUCUUCAGAUAACACAAGUGGCCUUAGAGACAGCUAAGAUAACAUCACACAUUUGGGCUGCCCACCAGCUGAACUUGGCUGUGAGACUAGUGCCAGGACACCCAUCUGUCAAAGCAGGGCUUCUGGUGCUGUUAAUUUUUCUUCCAAGUACGUUCUGUGACAUAGGAUCUGUAUAUUACUCUUCCUAUGAAACGGUCAUCCCCAAGAGACUGCCAGUCAAGGGGAGUGAAGAUCCCGGAGGAAGGGUGUCCUACAUGCUGUUGAUGCAGGGCCGGCAGCAGCUGCUUCACCUGGAGGUAAAGGGAGACCACUCUGCGAGUAACUUCCCAGUCUACAGUUACCACAAUGGUGUCCUGGGGCAAGAAAUGCCUCUCCUCUCACAGGACUGCCACUAUGAAGGUUACAUGGAAGGGGUGCCAGGCUCCUUUGUCUCUGUCAACAUCUGCUCAGGCCUCAGGGGCAUCCUGAUCAAGGAGGAAACAUCCUACAGCAUCGAGCCUGUGCUUUCCUCCAAAGAGUUCGAACACAUCCUGUAUACUGUGGCACAUCAGCCUCGCGUCUCCUGCAGUGUCAUUCCCAAAGACAGCCCAGGGGACACUGGCCAGCAGCAGAGGAGCAGGAGACCCGAUGACCUGCGGGAGCUGUCUGACUUGUGGUCACAUACCAAGUAUGUGGAGAUGUUCGUCGUGGUCAACCACCAGCGGUUCCAGAUGUGGGGCAGCAGCGUCACAGAGACAGUCAGGGCAGUAGUGGACAUCAUUGCUCUGGCCAACAGCUUCACUAGGAGACUAAACACAGAGAUGGUGCUGGUGGGCGUUGAAGUCUGGACAGAGGGGGACCUGAUAGAGGCCCCGGUGGACCUGCAGGCUACACUGAGGAAUUUCAACCGCUGGAGACAGGAGGAGCUCCUGGGCCGUGUCAGGCAUGAUGUGGCACACUUGAUCGUCGGGCAUCACCCAGGAGAGAAUGAGGGCCAGGCGUUUCUCAAUGGUGCCUGUUCUGGUGGGUUUGCAGCAGCUGUGGAGGCCUUCCAUCAUGAAGAUGUCCUGCUGUUUGCGGCGCUCGUGGCCCACGAGCUGGGACACAACCUGGGAAUCCAGCACGACCACCCAGCCUGUGCCUGUGACCCUAAGCACUUCUGCCUCAUGCACGAGGAUAUCACCAAGGACAGUGGCUUCAGCAACUGCAGCUCUGACGACUUCUACCAUUUCCUCCAUGACCACAGAGGGGCCUGCCUGCUUGACAGGCCUUGGCACCAAAGCCGCAAGCGCAGAGCUGCCCAUUGUGGAAACGGUGUGGUGGAGCAGUCAGAAGAGUGUGACUGUGGUUCUGCUUGUGACAGUCACCCAUGCUGUGAGCCAACCUGUACACUGAAGGACGGUGCAGAGUGCAGUGAUGGCCUCUGCUGCUACAAUUGUAACUUCAGAAAGAAAGGUGCCUUGUGUCGUCCUGUUGAGGAUGUGUGUGACCUCCCUGAGUUCUGUGAUGGCCAUUCCCAAGAAUGCCCUAUAAACAGCUACAUGCAGGAUGGCACGCUGUGUGACAGGAUUUAUUACUGCUCUGGGGGUUGGUGCAGGAAUCCUGAUAAGCAAUGCACAAAGAUCUAUGGGUAUCCUGCAAGAUCCGCCCCUGACGACUGUUACAUUUUAAUGAACACCAAAGGGAACCGGUUUGGAAACUGUGGCCGUCCCAGCACGGCUAACUCAGGAUACGAAGCGUGUUCUGAUGAAGAUAUAUUUUGUGGCAAACUGGUAUGUACUGAUGUUAGUUACUUGCCACAAGUCAGACCCCUGCACACUCUCCUCCAGGUUCCUUAUGGAGAUGACUGGUGUUGGAGCAUGGAUGCCUAUAACGCUACUGAUGUUCCAGACUUUGGAGAUGUGCAGGAUGGUACUUACUGUGCCCCUAACAAAGUCUGCACGGAGUCCUUGUGCACUGACCACACGGUGCUCCAGUACGACUGUGAACCAGAGGAAAUGUGUCACGGGAAAGGAGUGUGCAACAAUCUCAGGCACUGUCAUUGUGAUGAUGGUUUUGCUCCUCCCAACUGCAACAGCCCAGGAAAUGGGGGCAGUGUGGACAGUGGUCCUGUUGGUAAGCCAGCUGAUCGAAACUUGAGUUUAUUUGCAAUUUUCGGACAAGAGAAGCCUAAGAUGGAAGAUGAUGAAGAUGUAAACAUGGAAGUGGUGCUGCUUGUGGUCCCUAUAUUUCUUGUCCUUUUACUGUGUUGUCUGAUGCUGAUCGCCUACCUCUGGUCUGAAGUACUAGAAGUAGUAUCUCCAGAGAGUUCAUUUUCUUCAACAGAAUCCUCAGAAGCAGCACCUCCUGAAGGGGCUCCACCCCCCAGGAGGUAUUAUUGAAAAUCUCAUGAUCGCUGCUAUCAAUGUCUUUUAUCUGCAGGGCAGUUUUGACUGAUUGGUUUUCAGGGCGUACUGCAUCUGCACUGUUUAGUGUAAUGUGUCAUCUGUACUUGUGUUGCUCACCUCAUAACAACUGCGAUUACAUCGUGAGUGCUUUCAUGGGAACUGAAUGUUAUAACUUGCCCUGUCAGCUGCUGUUGAUAAAGUAGAGGUGGUUUUAAAUAAAU